CGCGCUGCAGGUCUGGUUCGGGCAGGCGCUUCGUUAUCUGACUGGAGGACAUCCGACUGGAGUCUGGUGUGUCGUAUCUCUGCUUGUAGCUGCUGUAACAGCUCUGAGAUGAACAGACAGCCUUUGUUUGGGACACAGACGCCGCCGGAAGAGUCAGAGGAUCGUCCUCGGACGCCUGUUACUGCUCGGUGUGCGCGUACUGGGCAGUAGCUUCCCGGUCAUGAUGAACCUGUCGUCGUUCGGAGCGGCUCGCGCCUCCGUGAUGGUGCAGAGGCACGUGCGGCUGUGUUGGGAAAUGCGAGAUACGAUGUUUGGUUUUUUUUGACAGCGUGAGGACACUUUAAAGAUAAAUACUGCGUCUGAUUCACGAGACAUUACCUGACCAGUGUGCGCCAUUGCGAUUCACCUGCCCCUCCAUCAGAUGAACGGGGAUCCUGGAUGUCUUUGGAUCAUAGCUACAGUAUAAACUGAUCUUACAAGCUCUUUUUUGUCUACCUCAUUUAAUUUAUCAUGGACUUUGAAGUCAUCACAUGGACUCAGGGAAUGAGGAGCAUUACACUGUCCUGUUUAUGUUAUUGACAUCAGUGCUUGCUCUGAAGCUGGACAUUGUGCUCUUCUUGCUGUUUAUAAAGCAGCGCAGUCAUUCUGAGGAUCCAUCUAUCCUCACAUCCUCAUGUUAGAGUAAAUAAGAUGUUCUGCCCCUCCCUGAUAACUAUAAUACUGUGUAAUGUUUGAUCUCAAGAUGAAGGAGGUGUGUCGUAUUUGUGGACGGGAACUCUGUGGCAACCAGCGAAAAUGGAUCUUCCAUCCUGCUGCCAAACUCAACCUGCACGUGCUGCUCUCUUAUGCUGUGGGGCGGGAGCUGACCCGGGACGGCAGAGGAGAGUUUGCCUGCUCCAAGUGCACCUUCAUGCUGGACCGCAUGUACCGCUUCGACACAGUCAUCGCCCGUGUGGAGGCCCUGUCCAUCGAGAGGUUGCAGCGGCUUCUGCAGGAGAAGCAUCGACUGAGGCAGUGCAUCAGCGGGCUCUAUCGGAAAACAAAUUCAGACGAAGGGGCUGUAACAUUAAGUGGAAGUGAUGACGGACCAGGGGAUGGGAUGGUGGAUAUUUCAGGGCUAACUCAUGCAAAGUAUUGUGCCCUGCUCCAGGAGGAUCUCGUCUACUCUUUGUAUGAGUCCUGGGCAGAUGACAGCCUGGACUGCCACCAUCACCACCAUCCUCAAUGUCCUGCUGCUCCAGGGUCAGAGGUUACAGUUGCAGGCUCACAACGGUGUGCGCCCAGCACUCCCAGAAGGUGCCGGGGAUGUUCUUAUUGGCGGGUGGCAGACUCUGAUUAUGAAGCUGUCUGUAAGGUGCCCAGAAAGUUGGCCCGGAGUAUUUCUUGUGGGCCAUCAACCAGAUAUUCAGCCAGUGUGGUUGGGGGAAGUUUGACUGGAGGUGGUGCAGGUGGAGAAGGAGAGAGGAAAUAUGUGGAAGAUUCAGAAGACAUCCCCUCCUCUCAGACUCUAGUUCCUGGAUCUCAGGACCCCUCGAGGACCUCAGAUAGUGAUCGCACUCUAGCUGGCCGAGCCAGCUCAAGCCCCUCUAUAGCAUCCCUGGAGGCAGCUGAGGAAUAUAUUCAGCCUGGAGCCAUAACAGAUGGACCCCUGAGCUCUCCAGUGGAUGCAAUAGAAGACCAGAUAUCUGACUCCCUCUCUGAGGAGCACAUGGGAGCUCCACUUGGCCAGGCCUCUCCUAGACGCACUUUCUCUCUAGCCCUCUCUUUGCUGCAAAGCUGUGCUGUUUAUCGGCCAGUCCGGAGCACAAAAGGGAGCAAGCUCCCAGUCUUGCUCCGACGAAGCUCCAGCAACGGGGGCACAAGGUUGUCCUUUACCGAUCCCAUGAUAGGAAUGCCUUAUGGAAGCCCAAACGGAGAGAGACACAGUCACAUGCCAACACCUGAGCUGGAGACCCCUCUGAUCAGAGUGGACACUGGGCUGGAUCAGGAUCUGAACCUGGCAGACAUGGAGAAAUUAUUUGAAGAUUUGUACAAAGAGUAUCCUCCUCCUCCUCCCCAUCAGAGUCUUGUUGAAGAGCAGCAGAGCCAGCUGAACCAGUAUGAGUGUGCGGCCGGUCAGUGUGUCAGCGAGCUGCAGAAGGCCCAGCUCCAGGUCCAAUCCCUGCAGGCCAAGAUCCAGGAGAGUGAGGCCAACAACAUGAAGCUGCAGGAGAAGCUGAGUGAGAUGGAGUGCGAGCUACGUUCGCUUCGCCAGGCCUCUCAGAGUCAGGAAAGAACCAUUCAGGGCCUCACAGAGUCUCUCAGCACCAAAGACAACGAGGCCCAGGAGCUGUACCAGCUGAUUGAAGGGCAGAACACCACACUUUGCAAGCUGCAGGAAAUAGCCCAUCGCAGCCAGCUUGCUCAAAGCAAGGCUCCAGCAGGAGUUAGCGAGUCUUUGGCGCUCGCUCAGCUGCAGGGCGAGCUGGUCGGGGUGCAGAGCUCCCUCUUCUCUCUUGGUUUGGAGCUGGAGGCCAGCCAGAGGAGUCUGAGACAGAGCCAGAGGCAAGCCGAUGACCUGAUGAGGUUCAAGGAGAGACUAAACUCAGAUCUACAGGAGGCACUGCAGCACAGAGAGGUCACCGAAAAACACAAUCAGGACCUGCGCUGCGCCCUUCACAAACUUCGCACUGAGCUUCAGGCCAAAGAAGCAGCUUUAAAGGAGAGCGAAGCAGAGAAACACGCUCUGACGCAGGAGAAAGACCGGAGUGUCGCACAGCUCAAAAGCACUCUGCAGGACAAGGAGCAACAGUUGCAGGAGUACUCAGAGAUGGUGGAAUCAACGGGAAGCUCCAAACCAAAUCCAAGAGACGCCCUGCUGGAGAAACUGAGGGAGCGCAUUAAAGAAAGAGACAGAGCUCUGGAGCAAUCCAUCGAUGACAAGUUCCGCUGUGUGGAGGAGCGUGAGGGCCAGGUGAGGAGGCUGCAGCUGGCUCUGAGAGAGAAGGAGCGAGACCUGGAGAGACUCCGCUGCAUUCUCUCCAACAACGAGGAGACCAUCACGAGUCUUGACGGUUUGGUGCGGGGUAAAGAGCUGGAGCUGGAGCAGGCAGCAGAGGCCUACAGGAACCUCCAGUGGUUGAAACAGCAGAGCGACGAGAAGGAGAGAAACUCCCUGAGAGAGAAAGACACCAUCAUAACCCAGCUACAAGCAGCACUACAGACACGCAGCCAGGAGACUCAGGAUCUCACAGCUGCCCUCAUCGCCAGAGUUCAGGCCGGUCCCACUGAGGUUGUGGAGGAGCUGAAGGCUCGGCUGGCUCUGAAAGAGAAACUCUUCCAGGAGCUUUUGGCAGACCGCAGCCGGCAAUCUAAGGAACACCAAGCACAGAUCCAGGAUCUGCUCAGCACUCUCAGCUCCAAAGACCAGUAUCUGCAGGACUACUCCUACAGGCUUUCCUUAGUGAUCAGUGAGCGGACUGGCCAGCUACAGGAGCUUCGCAAGCAGCUGUCAGAAAGAGAGCAGGAGCUGCAUGAACUGAGAUGGGACAAGGAGAGAGACACGGGAGGAGAGACGGAGCAUCUCCAGAGUCUCCUUAAAGAGAAGGAGGCCUUUAUCAAGGAGCUGAUGAAGGCCCAGGAAGAGGCCAUGCAGCCGUUUUCCAAGGAGAGCGAGGCAGAGAUCAAGGCUCUGAAGGAAGACAUGCAGCUGGUGCUGAAAAAGGAGGCAGAGGCUCAGAAGGAGAUCUCUGCCCUGCGUUCGUCUUUAGCUCAGCAGCAGUCAGAAGGAGAUGCCACAAAAGACAGCACUGAUCACAAACAUGUGCUGGAGCAGCUGGUAUCAGAGUACAACAAGCUGAAUGACGCCCUGAGGGCAGAGAAGAGGUUAUACCAAAAUCUCACUCACAUUCACAAGAGUGACAGCAGCUCAGAGAAGAUCCGGGCCCUCCACAUGGAGUUGGAUUCAGUUCAGGCACUCCGCAGACAGCUGGAGGAGGUCCUGUCUCGGACCCGUAACACGGCCCUGCUACUGGACAGGGCAGCUAAAAGGCAGCCUGACUUUGGAGAGCUUAGCACAGAGGAGGAAGAGGGAGACGAUGAAGACGGCAGCAGUGAGGAGUUCACAGACAGCAUAGAGGAGGAUGACGACAGUGUGAAUGCCAGAAGUUUGACCUCCGGUCAGGCUUCGGUUAAGGCUCAAGGACCUGAGUGUGUGACCCGAGGGCUGGUGAGGGAGGCACAGUCCCAGAGAGCUGAUGUAAAGCAGCUCGAUGAAGCAAAGAAGACACUCGAGUUUGAGCUUGAAGAAAUAAAGUCACAGCUGGAGAGGGAUGGAUACACCUCUGUAGCUCAGAUGAGGAGUGCCCUGCAGAAGCUGCAAAGGGAAAACCAGGCCCUGAAAGAAAACCAAGUACGAGCUGGAGUGGUGGGGACAAACACAGAGAAGAGUCUGAGCCCAGAAGAAGAACAGGAAGAAGAAGAAGAGGAGGAAGAAGAAGAUGAGGAGGAGGAGGAAGAAGAGGAAGAAGAAGACGAGGAGGAGGAGGAGGAAGAGGAUACUGAGGAAGAAGAUGAACUGGAAACAUCUCCGGUGCCGGCAGGGAAGCGAGGUCCUCCAUGUGUUAGUCUGAGCAGCGAGCCGGGGAAGAGGCACUGCAUGAGGCCAUGCUCUCUGAACCUGGGCACACUGACAUCUCACCAUCUCACACACCAACCUGAAGCGGAGACAGCGGUCGCUGGUGACAGCUCUCAGGUCAGAGCGCUCUGGCGAGAUAAAGAGGAUGGCCUCCGUGAGCAGGCAUCUCGUCUGCACGCUGAUCUGACUCUGAGCCAGCAGGAGAACAGAGAGCUGCAAGAGAGACUGAUGGUGUCUGAGGCCACGGUCCAAGCUCAGGCCGAACAGCUGAAGGAGUACAGAGAUCUGCUCACCGAGACGUCUGUCCAGCAGGCCAACAAGCAGGUGCAGGUGGAUCUUCAGGAUCUGGGUUAUGAAACUUGUGGCCGGAGUGAGAACGAAGCAGAGAGAGAAGACACCAGCAGCCCAGAGUUUGACGACCUAGAGAUGUGCACGUCGCUGUCCCAUCCUCAGGACUGUGAGGUUGGUGGCUGGUACGCUGGAAGCUGCAGCAGCAACAGAGGCGCUUAUGAAAUGAGGGAUGAGUCGGCGUCUCUCCAGCAUCUGGUCCAGGAUCUGCGCUCACAGCUGACUCGCUGUCACAAAGUGAUCCGUGGACUGCAGCUCCGUGUCCGGUCUUUGUCUGCGACCAGCGACUAUGCCUCCAGCUUGGAGCGCACUCCCCGCAAGGUAAACUGGGCACUUGAGAGAUCACCAGCCCCGAGUGGUGUCGAUGAGGAUGAAGGCUGGUUAUCUGAUACCCAAGGGGCUCGUCCAGGGUCCAAGCCCAGCAGGGAGCUCCAAGAACUGAUGGAACGAGUUGCAUCUCUGGAGGCUCAGUUGAAAACUACCAGAUCGGAGGGCAAAGGCCAAGCAGAAGAAGGGAAAUGUGCCACCUGGCCUGGGAAGUACAACUCUCUGAUCCAGGCUCAAGCUCGUGAGCUGUCCCACCUGAGGCAGCGCAUGAGAGAAGGGCAAGGAGUCUGUCACAUCCUGACCCAACACCUGGGAGACACCACCAAGGCUUUCGAGGAGCUCCUGCGGGCCAAUGAUAUUGAUUACUACAUGGGUCAGAGCUUCAGAGAGCAGCUGGCACAGAGCACCGCCCUGGCACAAAGAGUGGUCACCAAGAUUAGUGGACGAGAACGUGCAGAGAGCCAUGACGACAAGACAGGCCACGAGUUGCUCGCCUUGCGGUUGAGUAAGGAGUUGCAGCAAAAAGAUAAAAUCAUUGAAUCGCUCCACACGAAGCUGCAGCACCGCCCUGAGACCCCGUCCAGUUGCCACGCGCUCUCUGAGACGACGGACCAAUCAGAUAGGACCUCCUUGGUGUCCGAUGAGUACCAAACCAAUGAAGACUUGGAGCUGUGUUCUGAUUUGGACACCAGGGAAUAUCAGGAGGAGCACCGCCUCCGGCAGCCAGGACUCGGAUCAGAUCCGGAAGUCCGUUCUUCUAUCCCACCACCUCUUCCUCCUCCUCCUCUUCAUGGCCUCCUCAAGUCUUCAAGCAGCUGUCCCAACAUGCUUUGCACAGCCGCUGUGGGUUUGACCAGAGCCCUUUUCAGUGAGCCUGUCUCCUCCUCCUUCUCUAUCCCCUCUGGCCCUGACGGCUGGGGUCACGAAGUUAUGUUUGACCCCCGGCCCAGAGCUCUCUCUGUGAUGGCUGUUCGCCCAGAGCUGGACACGCUGUACAAACAGAUGAAUGAGCAGAACAGGGGCUUCCCAGAGGCUCAUGACAAGGCUCUGUUCACCCUUUCACCUGAUCAUCACAACCAGCAUGGCCUGUCAAGCUACAGCCAGCUAUCCCAUCAUGCCUUUCAACCCUACCAGCUGGGGGGCAUCCCUACAGGCCACUUAAUGAAGUCUGACUCAGGUUUAAUGUCAGGAGGGCCUUUGUGGGACAUGGAAAACUUGGUCGGAAGUUAUUCUGGAUCAUCUGCACACCAACCAGGAAGCAGCCAAACAGGGGUAAACUUAAUAGAGGAACACCUGCAGGAGGUGAGGUGUCUUCGCCAACGCCUGGAGGAGUCCAUUAGGACCAAUGAGAGGCUUCGUCAGCAGCUUGAAGAAAAACUGGCCACCACUGGACGUGAUGGAGGGGCUCCAACCAACAUUUAUAUUCAGGGACUGGACACAGUCACUCAGCUUUCCAAUGAGAUCAGAGUCCUGAAGGAAGAAAACUUGGGUCUGCAGUCCCGCUUGCAGGCCAGCACAGUCUCUCCUGUGCUCUCAGACACAAGUGAGGAGGUGGUACAAUUGAGGGAGGCAGUGUUUACAGCACGCGCUCGCCUGAAGCAAUCAGAGCUGGAAGCUGAGCAGUGGAAGGAGGAGCUCAGACGGCUUCAGGCCCACAGUCAGGAGCAGGGACAGCAGAUUCACACAUUAAGGCAGGAGCGACAGGUCGGGCAGGAGAAAACCAACAGGCUCCAGCACGAGGUGUCACUACUCCAGCAGCAGCUAUGUGAGAGCAGGGAACUGAUCCACUCCCUGCAGAGCGAACUACAUGUCUAUGAUCGAGUGUGUUCCAGCACAAAGGCCAACAAAGGCUACCUGUGUGAGGUACCAGUUCUACCAGUAGAGCUGGGGGAGUUGUUGGGGGAGGUGAGGAGUCUACGGGCUCAGUUGCAAAACAGUGUCCAGGAGAACAGCGCUCUCAAACAGCUGGAGCUCCACAAGCAGCUGGAACAGAAGCUGGGCGUGGGCUCGCCUCGGACUCCCUCGCUCUCUGCUCUCACUGCCAGCCCUCAGAGGGAAAACUUCUACAGACGUCAGCUGCUUCAUGACCCAGCUCCAUCUCCACCAGUCAGGGACAUUGGUCUCUUUAACUGUGGAUCUCCUGGUCCUCCCUACUCAGACUUGGAUGACAGCCAUAGCACUGCCAAUGCAGACCCUCUUGAUCCACACUCUGAGCUGGAAGGGGAUGCGCCCGAUGGAUCAUUUGCGAACCGUAAUGGUCGUCACGCCAUCGGUCACGUGGACGACUUCAGUGCUUUGCAGCAGCAAGUCCUCGAGGGCCGGAGCCUCGUCCAGCGCAUGGAGAUGACCCUGCAGGCCUGCCUUGGUCCACCAAUGCUGGAUGUAAACCAGAAACAGAGCAGCGAGCUGAUUCUGGACUACGGAUGUGUUAGGAGUCUUCUGUCUAACACCAAGACUCUGAGGCAGAUCUUGGAGGAGGCGAUGUCUCUGCUGAAGAUGUUCUGGAGAGCAGCUCUUCCCAGCACGGAUCCCUCCAUCCAGAACCUUAAGAAGGAGCAGUGCAUGCAGGAGGAGAUCUUGUCCUUGAAACUGCGUGUGUCUGAGCAGGAAGAAGUUCUUAAGGGGACAAUACAAAGACUGAGGAGCACCAGCCGCACCAAGGAGAGCAUGGAGCACUUCAUAGUCAGCCAGCUAUCAAGGACUCGUGAUGUGCUGAAAAAAGCAAGGACAAAUUUAGAGACGAAUAAGCUGAGACUUUCGUCUCUAAGUCCCUCCUCUUCCUCUCCUUAUGCUGCUGAAGAGCCAGGAGGUGCUGCCAGAGAGCGGCCUGCUGAUCGCAGUUUCCUGAAGGCCGGUGGUGCUUCUGGAGUCACUCCGACUAGAGCCAGUCAGCGUAUGGCAGCGAGAAAGCGCAGCAGCCAAUGCCUGCUUUAGACUUUCAAAGAACCAGCCUAAAUGCUACGACCUCUGACCUCUAUGCGGAAACAGCCAAGACCCACCAUCCCACCUUUCCCCUCACAAGCCCAGCCAUAGAUGCUUCGGUCCUUCCCUCCUCCAGGCACUGUGUGCACAGUGCAAUCCGCGCCCGGAGGCUUACCUGAUUCCCCUCACCCACUCCACUGUUUGUGACAUCCCCCACCAUCAUGUGUAUUAUUGUCUUUGAGUGAUACAGUCAGCAGUUUGCCUUGUAGUGUGUGUGUCAGAAGAAGGUGUUUAAAAUGUGCCUAUGAAGGCUUCAGUGAUGUGACGGAAGUGGUCUAGGAUGCCUUUAGAUGCCGAGUUACAAAGAAAGAAUUUGGGUAUUUAUCAGGUAAAGAUUUUACAUCACUGGACAGCUUAAAGAUGCACACCGCCUUACCUGCGUUAAAGGCAUCCCUGAGAGAGAGCCAGACAGCCUGUGGAUGGAAGAGAUGUUCAUGCAUGUUUAAAAUGGCUUGUGAAAGGAAUUCUGCACACACGAACACACACACACACAGACAUAUAUAUAUGUGUAUAUGUGUGUGUGUGUGUGUGUGUGAUCGAACCCAGCCCACUCAAAGACAAGACAGCUUCAACUUUGACUGCCACAGAAACUCAAGUACUUAUUCUUGUGGCACUCUAAUUAAAAAAGAUACCUUCUUGCAAAUGCAAUGCAAAGAAAAAUGACACUGACAAUGUAUCAUUACACACAGUGGAGGAAUGUACAGUAGGUAGUCGAUCACUGCUAUUAGUUUGCUACUAGCUAUAUCUGUGUUUGUGGAGGAAGCUUAUGAAUGGUAUGUCAGACAUUAGCUGAGGCUUAGAAACAGCUGAACAGGAAGGUUCCAUUUCAGUCACAAACGUCCUCUUUUAGACCCCAGAGGUGCUUUAUUGGCAUCCAACUCCAAACUGAAAAACGCUAAACAAGUCACAGAAUUGUGAAGCUGGCUGAUUCUGAUUUCCAGGCUGGACUAUAGUUUGUAAAAAGAGGUUCGAGUACUCAAAUGGAACCAGGCUAAACACGCGUAUUCACUCCUCUUCGGGAGUUCUCAUACGAGCAUGUGCAAUAAUGAUGUAGUUUCUUGAAUGAUUAUGCUGCACUGGGUUAUUACUUCUUUGCCCAACACUGAAUUAUUAUCAUUCACGCUCAUACUGAUGUUAGGAGACAACCGGUGUUACGAUUAUACUUAUUUUCCUCGAGUGUUUAUGCAUGACAGAGAUUGUAAAUGUUGAAAAUUUAAACUAUGGAACAGGGGAUCGCCAAAACUUGCCAAAGUUUGAACUUUGAACUCUGUACUUCACUCUGACUUGCCUUAUCCAUGCGAAUGGCGAAACCCCAGUUGGAUCAGGUCGGAGGGGUUACCCGACUUUUAAGUUAUUGGGUGGGCCUGUUGAACCACAGAGACGGUAACCGUUAGACAGCUGUGUUCAUUUUAUUUAAAACUGUGUGACAGAAGUGAGCUCCUUUAUUGGACCAAAAAAAACUCAACCAAGUGGCCAUAUGCUAUUGUCUUUGCUAUUUCUCUUGGUUCAGGCCAUCCUAGCAUUCCCAUGGCAACGGCAAUAUGGAUGAUGCAAACUUUGGCAGGCUGCUGGUGGGGUCGUUGUUCCAUAAUUCACUUACUUCACACUUAGUUUGGUGUGUUUUCUUGCUGUACAUUUGCCAUUUUAUGCUGUAACCCCCCCCCCCCAAACAAACCUGCUUUUCUGGAUGAUGUUUUGUGUGAGUGCGUGUGUGGAAACAUCCAACAUUUGCUUUUUUGCAAAGUUGAUUACCUGGGUAGCUGUGCAAUAGCUUGAUAUGUUUUAUUUUGAUGUUAAACAUCAUUGAAUUCUGAGUGUGUUUGCAAUGUAUGAUUUACAUGCAGUGUACGUUAAGAGGUUUGUGUCACUUUGAAUCACUUAGUCAUAUAUAGGCUGUCUGCUAAGUAAACUAUGCCUUCGUGAUAUUUACGACACUGAUCACAAUGCCAUCCACCUGUAAUGAAGCUCUGAUUGAUGUUGCUUUACUUGCCUUCAAAUUUUAGCUCGAGAGCCUCUUAAGUCUGCUCUCAGUGGUAGAAAUGGCCUUCGACAAGAGUCUACCUGAGUUCUGCCAAAUUAGGUUUUGUUUGCGCUCGAGUCUUCAGAAAAAAAGACAAAAGUUGCGAAGUUUUACAAAAAGUGGUGAAAAGUUUUGAAGAUUUGUGUACUGUAAAUAAAAUGAAAAGCCAGUGACUGAAAAGAUUAUGAAGUGUUUGAUUCACAGAGCACCUUAUAAGAGCGUAAACAAAGCCUUUUUGUUAGGGAGGGAACCAACAAUGCUUUGUUGGUGCCGAGUUGCAUAUGUAUAUUGUGCUCUGAUUGGUGCAGCUUUUUUUUCCUGAGUUUGUGCAUAAUGAACUAGAAGGCCGAUGCAGGACUCUUCAGGAUCCUGUCUCUGAUGAGUUAACCGUGUGCUGUGUUGGCAAAAGUAUUACCACUGAAAGAUUUUGGGAAACAAUAAAAUUAAAAAAAAAAAAAAA